AUGUCCCUGUCGAGCGUGAUGACAGAUAAAUUCGUCGUUCAUCGGGAGACAUUUGAGCAUGACGGUCACAGGAUCGCAGCUUCCAUGAUUGAGCCGGUCCAAAGCUUUGCAGGAGCCCGCAUUCCACUCAAGGGCUACCUGGGAGCAGUCCAGGAUCUGUGCCACAAGCACAACAUCCUCUUUGUUUGUGACGAGGCCCAGACUGGAUUGAGUCGCGCAGGGUUUGACCUAGCGUUUCAGGCAGAGGACGUCAAGCCCGAUCUUGUGACACUCGGCAAAGCUGUGGCGGGUGGCAUGUAUCCCGUGUCGGUCCUCGUGGGCAAAUCGCACGUCAUGGAUGCUACUUCCAAGUAAGAGAUUACCGGUACCUACUCCGUGUCUCCUGCGGCCUUUGCCGCUGCGCUA